AGAUGUAUGUUUACAAACUUUCGACUGAUUCCUUCAUAACGAGUCUGAUUUCCAAAACUUUCCCCGUGAUCUCCCAAUUUUUACUCUCUCUCACCAAUGUUGAUCAUGUUCUCAUUCAUUCGUGCCUCUACAUGAAAAGGUAUUGAAAACUAGCCCACAAAGUAGAAGCCAGAAAAGGAAGUAUUGGCGGGUUUGGCUGCUUAUCAUCUUUCUCAGCUUCUUCCAGUCGAAGCAUACAAAUAAGGGCUGAGAUUUUUGUUUUCCAACAUUUCAAGAUGAUACAAGUAUUUGGGAAAGCUUUGGUAGAAAAGACGGCAGAGUUGAUUGUAGUAGAUUACAUGGGAAGGAGCGACAUGGACAACAUGCAAUCGCUGAAAAGGAAAUGGCAAGAAUUGUGCUGCAAAGCAUCUGACGUAGAAGAAGAAGUGAAGGGAGAAGAAAUGUCAGGUAAAAAGAAAAGGAAACGUGAAGUUGAUGGUUGGUUGAAGGACGUUAAAAAAUUAAGUCCUGAAAUUGAUGCAUUGGAAAGAAGAGGAUCAUCUUGGAGGCUUCCACUAAAGGAGGAUCCUGUAGGAAAGCUGCAACUUCAGGUGGAAGAACUUAUUCAGCAGAGCCACCAUUUCAAUGGGCUUGUGCUCGCUACUUAUGACAAAAUUGGGGAGCCAUGCCUGCCAACCAAAUUGUUUGGAGUAAAGUUCGAGGAAGCUUUGCAGAGAAUUUGGCCAUGCUUGGUGACCGAUGAUAUAUCAAGCAUUGGGAUUUAUGGUAUGGGUGGAGUUGGUAAGACCACACUGGCAAAGCACAUCAAGUACCAUCUCUCAGAAAAACCCAGUUAUCAAGUGCUUUGGGUUACAGUAUCUCAAGAGUUCAGUGUCACCAGUUUGCAGGAUAAGGUUGCCAAUGUCUUAGGCAUUGGUCGUCUAUCAAGUAGGGACGAGGAAGAAGUCAGGGCAGAUAUAUUGCGUGGGGCAUUCAGCAAAAUGAAGAGAUUAGUAGUGCUCAUAUUGGAUGAUGUUUGGGAAGAAUUUUGUUUAGACCGGGUAGGGAUUCCUCUUCAUCCAAACAAGUGCAGAUUGAUUUUGACUACACGCUCACGGGAAGUGUGCGACAGGAUACAAUGUCAAAGAAAAUUUGAUUUGCAAACUUUGAACACAGACGAAGCUUGGGAUUUGUUCAAGUAUAAAUUUGGUAGCGAGACCUUGCUUCACGGAGAUUUGGAAAAUAUUGCCAAGUCUAUUGUGCGAAGGUGCGGUGGUUUGCCUCUGGGUAUUGUCACAGUGGCUGGAAGCAUGAGAGGUGUGACCGACAUUUGUGAGUGGAGAAAUGCAUUGGAACAAUUGAAAACAUGUUCAAUAGGGUAUGAUGAGAUGGAAAAAAAGGUGUUUCGCAUCCUGGAAUGGAGUUUCAAUCGCCUGAAUAAAUGUGAAAAGAAUUGCUUCUUGUAUUGCUGUCUUUAUCCGGAAGAUAGUGAUAUAAGGAGAGAGGACCUAACAGACCUCUUUAUUUGGGCAGAGCUGAUGCCAAAACGGGACUCAAGAGCAAAAGAAUUUGUUGAAGGUCACACAAUAUUAAACAAACUGAUAAAAGUUUGCUUGCUAGAAGAAACUAAAGAUUUCGGAAGGAGUGACUGUGUGAAGAUGCAUGAUUUGGUCAGAGAUAUGGCAUUAAGAAUCACGAACGGAAAAUCCAACCUACAGAUGAACGGGGAUGUACCACGGUUCUUGGUGCAAAGCAUAGGAAAGGGAAAUUCUAAAGUAACACUGGAACCAAAAAAAUGGGCAGAAGAUCUCCAUGCAGUCUCCUUUCAUUCAUUUUCAUAUCAACAACCAGAAAUAAAAGUUCCGCCAGCCUGGUCACCAAAUUGUCCUAAACUAUCAACCUUGCUUCUUUCUCGGGUUUCCAUAAAAGAAAUCCCAGAUUCAUUCUUUCAGCACAUGUGUGGACUUAAAGUUUUGAAUCUACAAAACUGCAAAGGUAUAACAGAACUGCCUAAUUUUGUUUCAGACUUGGUGAAUCUCACUGCUCUGAUUUUGGAGGGUUGUGGAGGCCUCCGAUUUGUGCCACCACUGGGAAAGCUCAAGCAAUUGAGGGAUUUGGAUCUAUCCAGAACUGAGAUUGAGGAUUUACCUGAAGGCUGGGAGUCACUGGUCAACCUCGAAAGUCUUAACUUGCGUAAGUGUUGGGCUCUAAGACGAAAGAUAAUACCAAAAGGGACAUUUUCCCAAUUUCACCGUCUUCAAUGGCUAUUAUUGCCAUAUGGUAGGGUACAAGUUAUGGAUUUAGAAGUGUUGAACCAAUUAGAAGUUUUUAUAGGAUGUUUGUCUUUUACGGACUUUUAUAAAAUUACUCGGUGGCCAAAAUACUAUAAUGUUUAUAUCAAUGACAUCUUAACUAAGGAUCCGUUUUAUGACGGGGACAGUGAUUGUGAGGACCAGGAGAAACAACUGUAUUUCCAUCAGUUUAAGCUUGGUAGAGGAUGGAACUAUCUGCCAGAUGACAUGAAAAGUCUGACAAUCGAGGAUUGUGAGGGCAUGGUCAUUAGGUGCUUGUCAGAUGCUUUUAGGAAUUUUACAAAUUUAAGCGACUUAUCUAAAUUGGUUAUUGAGGAUUUGAUUGGAAUAGAGUUCCUCUGGCAAUUGUCCUUUGCUUCUCCACGUGAUCAGUUGGAAGUCUCGUCUUUUAGUCCACUCCGUGAUCUCCAAGUGCUAAGCCUCAACGGGUUGCCAAAUCUGGUUGGUCUUUUUUACAGAGACUCAGAACCAUAUUUGCUUCCAGCUAGCACCUUUUCUUCCCUUAAAGAAUUGUGGAUUUCUAGAUGUCACAACAUGAAGCAGCUAUUCACACUGCAGUUGCUGCAGAACCUUCAAAAUCUUGAAAUAUUAGGAGUUGAAGAUUGUGAAGGACUGGAGGAGAUAGCAGCAGAUGGCAUCCAAUUGACUUCAAGUGGAGCCACCGCCACAGUCAUCCUUCCAAAAUUAAAGUUUUUGAAUCUGUGUUGGCUGCCACAAUUGAAUAAUAUUUGCAAGGCAGCCUUGAUCUGCAAUUCAAUCUGUCAGAUUGAAAUAUCCGGUUGUCCAAAGGCAAAGAGGCUGCCUUUGUUUCUUCCUACCAUCAACGGACUACCAUCUCUUCCUAGCACUCUUCAUAAAAUCAAGGGAGAUAAAGAGUGGUGGGAAUCGUUAGAGUGGGAAAAUCCUUGUGCCAAAAAUGCCCUUGACCCAUAUUUUACCACGCAGUAGCGGAUCCCAUUUCUUUGAUGAAGACCACCUGUUUGAUCAAAAUCCUGACGGAUUCUCAUGUACGUGUUUUCUCCCCUUCCUUAAAUGUUACCAACUAUCCCCUUUCUUUGAGCUUUCUUCCCCAAAAUGAUCUGCUUCUCCACUAGCAUAGAAUUUGCGAUUGUGUAGGAAUCGAGAUUAACACUUUUUGUAAUGAGCUCAAGGUUUUUUUUUUUUUUUUUAACUUUCUUGAGGUGCAGAAUUGCUAACACCUUUUGAGUUGAUCUGAUGAGAAAAUGGAUUUAAGUAUAUUAGUUUCU